CUCAGUUGCCUUUUGUUUAGCCAGCCUCGUUCUCAGCCCCUCGCCCUCCCCAGAAGCAUUUGCUACAGGCGUGUGGGCGGCACCCCUUCUUCCGCUCACUUUCAGUCUCGUGGGGGGGGGGGGGUUCGGUCGCGGCUCUGCUCCUUCUGGCACUCCCUCACAGCCACACUUCCUCCAGCACUUUGCUUUGAACGCAGCUCCUUCUCUUCCUCCCCCCGAGGGAUCUCGCAGAGGGGUAACAAUGAAUAUUGAACAUGAAAUCAGCCUGUUAGUUGAAGAAAUUCGACGGCUGGGGACCAAGAAUCCUGAUGGGACACUGAGUGUGAAGUUUGGAGUGCUGUUUGCUGAUGAGAAAUGUGCCAACCUUUUUGAAGCUUUAGUGGGAACUCUUAAAGCUGCAAAACGACGGAAGAUAGUUAGUUAUCCUGGAGAACUGCUUCUGCAAGGAGUUCAUGACAACGUUGAUAUCUUGUUACUGCAAGAUUAAUUACUUUCUUAGCAUAUGGUAUUCUUUUGGGGGGAGGGAGAGA